ACCCACUGCUGCCCUCAGCUCCGAGUUGGGGGCGAGAGCGAGUGCAGGAGGCGGAUCCUGGGCGCGUGAGGGCGACAGUCGGCGCGCUGGGCAUGAACCUGGAGGGCAGCGGCCGAGGCGGAGAGUUCGGCAUGAGCUCGGUGAGCUGCGGCAACGGGAAACUCCGCCAGUGGCUGAUCGACCAGAUCGACAGCGGCAAGUACCCAGGGCUGGUGUGGGAGAACGAGGAGAAGAGCAUCUUCCGCAUCCCCUGGAAGCACGCGGGCAAGCAAGACUACAACCGCGAGGAGGACGCCGCCCUCUUCAAGGCUUGGGCACUAUUUAAAGGAAAGUUCCGAGAAGGCAUAGAUAAGCCAGACCCUCCUACCUGGAAGACCCGUUUGCGAUGUGCUUUGAACAAGAGCAACGACUUCGAGGAACUGGUAGAGAGGAGCCAGCUGGACAUCUCAGACCCCUACAAAGUGUACAGGAUUGUUCCUGAGGGUGCAAAAAAAGGAGCAAAGCAGCUCACCCUGGAGGACCCACAGAUGACCAUGAGCCACCCCUACACCAUGACGGCUCCUUAUACCUCACUCCCAGCUCAGCAGGUUCAUAACUACAUGAUGCCACCCCACGACCGAACCUGGAGGGACUACGUCCCUGAUCAGCCCCACCCAGAAAUCCCGUAUCAAUGUCCUGUAACAUUUGGAUCCCGCAGCCACCACUGGCAAGGCCCGUCUUGUGAAAAUGGUUGCCAGGUGACAGGAACCUUUUAUGCUUGUGCCCCGCCUGAGUCCCAGGCCCCUGGAAUCCCCAUAGAGCCAAGCAUAAGGUCUGCUGAAGCCUUGGCGCUCUCAGACUGCCGGCUCCACAUCUGCUUGUACUACCGGGAGAUCCUGGUGAAAGAGCUGACCACGUCUAGCCCAGAAGGCUGUCGGAUCUCCCACGGGCACACCUACGAUGCCAGUAACCUGGACCAGGUCCUUUUCCCCUACCCAGAGGACAAUGGCCAGAGGAAAAACAUCGAGAAACUUCUGAGCCACCUGGAAAGGGGUGUGGUCCUCUGGAUGGCCCCCGACGGGCUUUAUGCCAAAAGACUGUGCCAGAGCAGGAUCUACUGGGAUGGGCCCCUGGCACUGUGCAGUGACCGGCCCAAUAAACUGGAGAGGGACCAGACCUGCAAGCUCUUUGACACACAGCAGUUUUUAGCAGAGCUGCAAGCUUUUGCUCACCAUGGCCGUCCCCUGCCAAGAUUCCAGGUAACUCUGUGCUUCGGGGAAGAAUUUCCAGAUCCUCAGAGGCAAAGGAAGCUCAUCACUGCUCACGUCGAACCUCUCCUAGCCAGACAACUAUAUUAUUUUGCUCAGCAAAACAGUGGACAUUUCCUGAGGAGCUAUGAUUUACCUGAACACAUUAGCAGUCCAGAGGAUUAUCACAGAUCUAUUCGCCACUCCUCCAUUCAAGAAUGAAAAAUGUCAAGACAAGUGAUUUUGUUUCAUUGUAAAUAUCUGACUUUGACAGGAACAGCUGACUGAACUCCCUCUUUUUCUUUUGAGAAACUUGGAAAUUGGGGCCUCAAUUCAACACUUGAGGAGAAUCUCAGCAGGAAUGAGUGUAAAAAAACCAGCUCCAUCUAAUUGACAGAUGAGCUUAUUCCAAAAGGAAGGACAGUUUUCAGGGUCUUCUGUAGACUGCUAUCUUUGAUGAUUACUGUGAAAAUUGACCAAAGGGUGUGUUUACAUUUACUCAAAUGCUAUCUUUAAUUUGAUGUGGAUUAUUUCUUGCUUGAAAACUGAGAAAACUUGUGUUUCAGUAUUGACCACUAACUAGAGGGAUAAAAGCACAUAAGUGUUGUACUAUUUCUCAGGGAAAUAAUAUCUAAAUUUGAGGUGACUCUGCCCACAAAAGAAAUGUAUUAAUGCACAUAGAAGAUGUUGCUCUUGUAGAAAGUGCUUGCUGUUAGAAAGAGAAUCUUUGACUGAGGUUGGACCACAGUGCCUCCAGCUUUGGGGUGGCUGAUCACUCCACCUGGCCUGGGUCUCACCCCGGCACGGACUUCCCUGCCCUAUCUCACACUGCCUCCCAUUUGCUCUCUCUCCUUGGGUGCCCCUAGAAGCCAGUUGGUGUUUUCUGGAACCAAGAAGCAUUAGGACUACCCUUGAUUAGCAUAUUUUUGUAAGUCCUACAAUCUUUUAAUGACUACUUAAGAUAUUUUUUGUUUGUCUUUUUGUCUCU